GGUCGGGGUAGGGUUCCUGGACUGGUUCAACAAUCGAAACAAAAUAUUUAGCGACCCGAUCCUUCUCAUUCCAUGCCAGUUUGGUUGGUGGAAAAGGCCCAUAAGCUAACCCUAACCUGGGGGAGGGACCUCCUUCUCGUCCACCAACAGGUCAACAGGAAGCUUUUGAUGGUGCUGAAGGAUUUGCAACUGCAGCACGUCUGAACUAAAAUCAGGUUUAAAAUGAGUCAGAUGACGGCUGAUGAACCGGCUGCUGGUGACGAAGCAGGUGGAGCAGAUGCCCGUGUUUCCAUUCACAUCUGAACAAUGAGACAGGUUUUAUUCCAGCACUGAGCGGCUGCUCGUCGCUGCACACAAAGAGAGAGGGAGAGAACGUGCUGAGUUCAUGCGGAGGGGGGGCUGCGCCUCCUGCUGCGUCUCCGUUAGACGCGUGGACGAGUCGACGUGCACGUCCUUGUGAAAAUAGAAAAGCCAGGAGAAGAAGGAACAUACAGAGAGCCAUGGCCACUCAUCACAAAGACGGAACAGAAAGGAGACCUUGAAUAUCGGAGGCUUACACUUUUGGAGGAGGGAGGAAAAGGAGGCUCCAUCUUUUGACAUUUCGGUCAUGGCCUCUGAGGGGUUGUUUGUUUGAACUAUCUUCAGUUUGAAGACCAGCAGCAGAUUGAGGCGGAGCCACAGCGAAGUUACGAGCAGAUGGAGAUUAAUGUGGCAGAAAAACGCCAUCGAACCCGGUCCAAAGGAGUCCGAGCUGCAGUGGAAGCUCUAACUCAGGAGUUCUUCAGCUGUCCCACUCCUGGAUGUGAUGGCAGUGGCCAUGUCAGCGGGAAGUAUGCAAGACACCGCAGUGUUUAUGGCUGUCCUCUGGCUAAGAAGAGGAAGAUUCUGGGAAAACAACCACUGGAGCCGCCCACCAAGAGAAGGCCCUUCAUCUCCUCCUGCCUGACUAAGGAGGAGGAGGAUACAGGAGGCUACACCAGGUACCAGGACCAACCCAUGCCGGUGGGGCAGGAAGUUAAGGAACAGGGAGAGGUAGCGGAGGAAGACGACGAAGAAGACGGGGAAGUGGAGGAUGACUUGUUUGAAGAUAAUGAAGAACAAGGACAUGGGGAAGAGGAUGAGGAUGAGAGAGGAAAUCCAACAAGAGGAGUUAAACAGGCAGAGGAGUUAGAGGAGGAGGAGGAGGAGGGUUAUGAUGAAGAGGAGCAGGAAGAACAAAAUCUUCAUCAAGCAAACAACCAAUACCAGCCCACUGGUCUGUCAAAGCUUGUCCCCCUCCAGAAGGACAACAACAACAACAACAACAGCUGUUUUCUCAAAAACUCAAGUGGAGAAGAAUGCGAGAACUACGAUGAGCUGGUUGCUAAGUCGCUGCUCAAUCUUGGUAAGAUUGCCGAGGAUGCUGCUUACCAGGCCACAACAGAGUCUGAGAUGAACAGCAACUCCUCGAACAGUGCCGGCGAGGAUGAGGAUGAUGAGGAUCAUGGCAGUGACGAAGAGAACAUGAAAGGUGAACUGAGUGUAGACCUAGACAGUGAUGUGGUCAGGGAGACGGUGGACUCAUUGAAGCUCCUGGCUCAGGGUCAUGGCACCAUGCUUCCUGAAGAUGGAUACCCAGAGAGCACCACGAUGGAGGACAGCAGACAUACCAACGAGAAGGGCCAAGGGGUCAGGUGUCAGGUGGUGGAUGGCAGAGAGGAGGUGUGUCUCAGCAGUCUGGAGUGUUUGAGGAACCAAUGUUUUGAUCUGGCCAGAAAACUGAGUGAGUCACAGCCAUCCGACCGAUCCAUUCUCCAUGGAGUCCACCACCAACAGCUGAAGGACAAGCAGAUUUUCCAGCACCUGAGCAGAUACGACACCUGCACACCUCCUGAUGAGCGCAGCUACCCUGACAUGGCAAACUUUAUGAAAAUGGAGGACCAGCACAGCCCAGCAUCCCAAGGCUUUAGCUGUAGCCAGGAAGGAGAUGAAGACACCACAUCGGUGGUCUCUGACCGGUCCGACGACACCUUCGACAUGGCCAAGGGAAACCUGUCUCUGCUGGAGAAGGCCAUUGCUUUGGAGUCAGAACGGGCCAAAGUCAUGAGGGACCGAAUGGCCUCGGAGAACACAGUGGUCCAUCGAGAUCAGCCCUACCACCGCCUCCAUGGUGAGCACAGCCCUAGGCUGAGCAGCACAGCCGAGGAACGCAGGUCCAGGAUACAGCUGGAUGGGUUAAAGCGGGCCUACUACCCUAAAGAAUCUUCCAGAGGAGAGAAAAAGGAGAGCAAGUGCCCGACACCAGGCUGUGAUGGCACCGGUCAUGUGACGGGUCUGUACCCGCACCACCGUAGCCUGUCGGGAUGUCCUCACAAAGACCGCGUCCCACCUGAGAUCCUUGCCAUGUAUGAAAAUGUGUUAAAGUGUCCGACUCCUGGCUGCUCUGGACGGGGUCAUGUCAAUAGCAACAGGAACUCGCACCGCAGUCUGUCCGGAUGUCCAAUCGCUGCAGCAGAGAAGAUGGCGAAGGUCCAUGAAAAGAGUCAUUCAGUCGACAGCAGCAGCAAGACCAAUCAGACGUCGGACCGUGUCCUCAGGCCGAUGUGUUUUGUCAAGCAGCUGGAGAUUCCUCAGUAUGGCUUCAAAAACAACGUUCCCACCAGCACACCACGAUCCAAUCUGACAAAGGAGUUGGAAAAAUACUCAAAGACCAGCUACGACUUUGCUGGCUAUGAUGGUCAACAUGGAGGCUUUGGGAAGAAAGGCCUAACCUCCAAACCCCAGCAGGGGCGAGACCUCUCUCCAAAAGCAUACGAAGGUAAACGUUACUGUAAGACAUUGAGCCCGGCCAGCAGCACCACCAGCAGCUACGCUCCGAGCAGCAGCAGCAGCAUGAGCUGUGAACGAGGAGAGGCAGCAGAGGGAGGCGGGGGAGGAAGCAGCGCCAGCAGCACCUGCAGUAAGAGCAGCUUUGACUACACCCACGACAUGGAAGCUGCCCACAUGGCAGCGACAGCCAUCCUCAACCUGUCAACAAGGUGUCGAGAGCUCCCUCAUGCUCUGGGAGGGAAACCCAAUGACCUGCUGGCUCAGAGUCCAGAAGGUGAUCUGGAUUGUGGUGUGGUGGAUGAGGCAAGUCAACCUAUUGGUCCAGAGGGCAGCGGGACGGUUUUGACCCCUCUGCAGCCGAUGUCGCCCCAACGGCAGGCUCUGCUGAGCAGUGGCUGCUACCAGCUGAAUGACACAGACUGCUGGGACCUGCCACUCGACUACACCAAGAUGAAACACCUGGGAGACGAGCUGGACCACAAAGAGCAGAGAGACCAGAUGAAUCCAUUCCAGGAGCUGCUGGACGAGGAGCAUUUCCAGACUGAGGUGAUGAUCCCGAGUCCCAGACAUCUUAAAUACCCCCCUUGUAAGGACGGAAAGAAGGAGCUGAUCACUUUGUCAAGCUGCCAGCUGGCCGAUAAGAACAUCAGAGGAGUCCUAACGACCCCCUCUCCAGAACUCAAGUGUCCGACACCGGGCUGUGACGGAUCGGGUCACAUCACAGGAAACUACGCCUCCCACAGGAGUCUCUCUGGAUGUCCUCGAGCCAAAAGAAGUGGCAUUAAAAUCUUCCACAGCAAGGAGGAAAAGGACGACCAGGAGCCAAUCAAGUGUCCUGUCCCUGGCUGUGAUGGACAGGGUCAUGUGACGGGGAAGUAUGCUUCCCACCGCAGCGCUUCAGGCUGCCCCCUUGCAGCCAAGAGGCAGAAGGACAGCUUUGUCAAUGGAUCACAGUUUAUGUGGAAAUCUGGGAAGACUGAUGGUAUGAGCUGUCCAACUCCAGGCUGCGAUGGCUCUGGACACAUCAGUGGGAGCUUCCUGACCCACCGCAGCCUCUCCGGGUGUCCACGAGCCAGCUCGGCCAUGAAGAAGUCCAGGAUGAGUGGCGUGGAGAUCCUGACAAUCAAACAGAGAGCCAGCAAAGGAAUCGAAAAUGAUGAAGAGAUCCAGCAGCUGGAUGAAGAAAUCAGAGAUCUGAACGAGUCCAACAGUCAGGUGGAGUCUGACAUGAUUAAACUGAGAACCCAGAUUACCACCAUGGAGACCAGCCUGAGGACCAUGGAGGAGGAAAACAAGGUGAUGGAGGAGCAGAACGACUCGCUGCUGCAAGAGCUGGCCAACCUGAGUCAGACGCUCAUCAGCAGCCUGGCCCACAUCCAGCUGCCUCACAUGGAACCAAUGAAUCAGCAGAACUUUGACACAUAUGUGAGCACUCUGACGGACAUGUACACCCACCAGGACCAGUACCUGAGCCCGGAGAGCAAGGUUCUGCUGGAAAACAUCCGACAGGCUGUUCAGGGCAUCCAGGUCUGAUGUUCUGCUUGUCUGGAAUCGCUGUGUUGCUUUGGAAAACAGUUUGUACAUUUUCAUAUGACCUGAAGGAACGUUCUAGCUGCUCGUGUUCCUGGAUGUUCUCUUUGAUUUCCUGUAAACUGGUUUGAUGUGAUUUCCUUUAAUGAGGAGUAACUGGCUUUGAUGGUUUAACUGGAAACACGAAGAACAAUCCUUCAUUCCUGGUUUGAAUGUCUGAAAAUGUUCCUGAUCUCAUACAAACAUCAGACACAUUUCCACUGCUUUGAUUUUGAAAAGGAAACGUCUGCAGGACACGUAGGAGACAAUCGGCAUCAGGACACGAUCUGGACCAACAGGACAGGGACAGCGUGUCAGCAAUAUCAGAGGGACUCUCAUUUUCAGUUGGGAUGUAAUCUGAGGAGGAAUGUUUGGGAAUAUGCAAUUUCUUACAGGAGGCCUGGUGGAAGUUUGUUCUGACGAGUAGAUUUUUGUAUAAAUCUUUUCCUACAGUCUGGUUUUUCCACCCAACCCGGCUCGGAUGCCUGCCUCCUUGUGGACUGGGAGGUUGGUGGAGGGCAGAAGGAUCUGGCUUCUUUGGACUUACAGGGUCAAACAUUCCUCUGAAAACUGCACUUUUCCUCCAGAAACUGUCUUUCCAGUCUCGCCUGAGCCACUUUGUUCCCGUUUCUGACAGGAAUCACACCUGAUGAGACUUUUCAUCCCAGAUCCUUGUUCAUGCACUUUAUGGGAGCAUGUUUCAGUAUGACACAACUUAAAGGGAAGCUCUGCCUACAAUAUCCUUUUAUGGUCAACUUCCUGAGUACCACUUCGCCCAAACCAGAGACAGACUUUCAUGGUUUGUGAAACUCCGGUCCUGUUCCUGAAGCUAAACCUGGUCAUGGAAGAAGUCCACGGCUGAGCCUAAAAGUCGUCCUUCAUCUAAAACAGUCUCAGCUGCAGAGCCACCCAUGAUAUCAGAAAGUUAAAGUCCCACAGUCAUCAUCACACACUGGUGAGACUCAUCUUUACAUCUGACCCAUCCCCUAUUGUUAAAGUCUUUGGUACGACCCGACCGGGAAUCGAACUCUGGUCUCCCAGUCCCAGGGCGGACACUCUACCACUAUGCCACUGAGCUCUAGAUGUUCAGAACCCAUCAGGUCUGGUUCCUCUGUGUGAUGGGAUGAAGUUUGGAUCCAGUUUGUCCCUUGAAGGAGAACCACACAGGAGUUUUCCUUGACAUUUUCUGGUUGUUCUGUUUUCCUGCCUGUAGAUGUCGGAAUCCACCUGCUUCUGUAAAUCGUUGGGAUCUCUGAGGAGUUAAAGCACAAUUCUGCCUAGUGUGGGCGGGGGGGUGGUCUCAGCAACAAAGUGUCUGAAUGCAAAAGAAACUCAAGGUUUACUGUGAAAUCUGCUGAUGAAGAACUUUUCUACAUUUGAUUUGUGUUUCGUUCCUGCAGACCUGCUGGCAUGAGUCGUGUUGAUGUUGCUGCUUUUGUGUGAUCCUUUCUGUUCCCUGGUGACGUUUUUAUCAUCUGUUGUUCUCAAUAAACCCGUCCAAUACUGA